AUGACUACAGGUCGGGAUGUUAACCAAGUUCCCUUGACAACCCUGUCCCUAGAACACUUUACCGCUGUCAAGCGUGCCAUCUUCAACAUCAUGGCCACGAGCUCGGCCGUCGAAACGUUCUCCCAAGUCGUCAACGGUCUCCCAGUCCCAAGGUCUUGGAACAAGUGGUGGCUUGAAGAUAAUCCAAACCCCAGCCCUAGUCAAGAAGCAAGCACGGAAUAUGCUCAAAACGUUUCGGGACCAGUUUGA